AUGAGCACCCAACUCGGCCUCCUCAAACACAUUCCCUGUCCCAGGGGAGAGGCCUGCACCGCCUAUCGCUGCCUGUUCCGCCAUGCUGGAGAUGACGACAGAUGGCCACUACCAGGCGUCCAGGACCCGUCGGCCCAGCCUUUGGACUCGCCAUCGACUCAUGACCCAAGUGCUCAGGUCGAGUCUGCGACACUGUCCCUGACUACUGGCGGCGCGGCCGAUCAGCAGGCCGAUCAGGCCGAUCCUGUGCAAACAGCUCCUCGAAAACGGGUCAAGCUAGGUGAUGGCGAAUACGAUCCCACGUCGCCUCCCAUGCCCCUGGAUUUGUGUCUGGGAUCUCAUGAUGCAGAGGAAUUCGCAGGACAGACCAACAAGGUCACCUCUUCUUCCGAACCAGCUGUCUCCUCUGCUGAAACGGCUCUCCAGACGGAUGCCAUCUCCUCAUUGCGUAAGCGGCCAAUCUCACCGCCUCCGCUUAAACGCAAGGCCACUGAAGCACCAGCCAAGACAGCCCUGCCCAAACCGGCCUCAGGAUCACGCAGAGCAGCAGCUACGGCCUUGGCUGUACCGCAGAAUUUCUCCACAGAGCGAGUAUUAGACUCCCCGCGUCCGACAAGCUCCUUUGGCGGCAGCAGCACCAUCAGCACCGCUGCCAACAACAACAACAACCACAGCAACAAGACUACCAACCAUGCAAGCGUCCCGACGGCCUCGGAGGCCACGACAGUGUCGCCUAGAAAGGCCGAAACGCUCAACCCACGGCAUCUCGGGAAAGCUCCAGCGACUCAUGAUAUCCGCUUUAAGCUAGUGAAGAUGUUGCACGCCGAAUUCUUCCGUCUGAACAGCGAGCUUCGCACCAACGGCAGCGAAGACGACAAGAAGAAGCUCCUCAUGUCGGCACAGGAGCUCGUUUGGCUGACUUUGGACAUGGAGGAGAAUUGCGCAGUCAGCAAGCCGGCAAUCUACUCCAAUACGAUCAAAAACCGCAUCAUGUCAUACAAGCGGAUGUCGCUGGCCCAAUGGACGAAGGAACGGACAGACAUACGAGAAAAGGACCUGCGUAAGCAGCAGAGCGCAGAAAGAAUAGCGCAGGGCCAAAUGCAGCAGGGCACUGGCAGCUCUCGAGACACAGGGAAAGACACAGCCGAGCCCGUUGUUCUCGAGACGGGACUCACCUCGGCAGAAGAGGUUGCCUUCCUCAAAGAGAACCUGCUCACGCCGAUCCAAAGCCUGGCAAACCACGGCUACGUUCCGGCCGUGCUCCUGGAAGCAGAGAUUCAGAAAGCCCGCGAAGCUGCAGAGGUUUCCAAGGGAUGGGAGCUAUGUGACCGCUGCGGAACACGCUUCCAAGUCUUCCCAGGCCGUCGGGAGGAAGACGGCGCCCUGACGUCGGGCGGCUCGUGCACCCAUCAUCCGGGCAAGGCUUUCUUCCCACCCAAGGCGGCCAUGGCCGGCAGCGGCGCCAGAGACAACACGAAGCGGUUCCGCUGCUGUGGACAGGCUGUCGGAGACUCUGCCGGUUGCGUGACCACCACCAGCCACGUCUUCAAGACGAGCGAUCCAAAGCGACUGGCGCUGCUGUGGAACUUCACCCAGACACCACCGAACCCCAGCGUGCCGUCCGAUCGCGCCGUAUGCUUCGACUGUGAGAUGGGAUACACCGUGUACGGCAUGGAGCUUAUCCGAGUGACAGCCACGUCCUGGCCCGAUGGCGAAAGGCUGUUGGAUGUGCUGGUGCGCCCGAUCGGAGAGAUCAUCGACCUCAACUCACGCUAUUCUGGCGUCUGGCCCGAGGACAUGGCCAAAGCCCUUCCCUUCUCGGCCGCCACCGUCUUCGACAACAGUAAGAGCGAGCAGGAAGAGGAAGGGCGGCGGCAGCUGCAGAUUGUGUCGUCUCCCGUCGUAGCUCGUGAUCUGCUAUAUGCACUCAUCAGCCCAGAGACGCCACUCGUCGGUCACGGCCUGGAAAACGACCUGAACAGCAUGCGCAUCGUGCACCCAACCAUCUGCGACACCAUCCUGCUGUUUCCCCAUCCUAAAGGCCUCCCUGUGCGCUAUGGCCUAAAGAUGCUGGUGGACCGUCAUUUGCAUCGCCAGAUCCAGGUUGAGCCACAGGGUGACAGCGGCGUGCUGAUGGGGCACGACAGUGCUGAGGACGCCCGGGCUGCUGGUGAUCUUGUGCGUUUCAAGGUCAAGCAGGAGUGGGCGUCCAAGCGGACGGACGGCUGGGCUUUCAUGGAUGGGCAUCUCGUUGCUCCUGGGACGCGGCCUGGCAGAGGUAGCUCUGGCGUUCUGACGGAAGCGUACAUUGAGAAAGGGAAAGGCUGA